GACCAGUUGAAAGUUCCAAAAUAACAUCCACUCCAGGGAUACAAAUUCAGGAUACGCAGAAGACCGCUGUUUUAUUAAAGGCGGUUGUCAUAUAUUGUAUUAUCCGAGUUGCACAGUGUAUAAACUGAAACAUUGAGAUCAAAAGUGCCGACGCAGAGUGAGCGAUCUGAUUCUUUAGCUGUAAACUUAAUCAAAGUAUGUGACCCCACUCCAGUUCAUUGCCGAUUUAUCAAGCAGAACGGUUAGUUUUGGACCGAGUAACCGAUAUUUUGGUUAAUAACGGACCAAUGACCAAGACCAUACCCCAAGUGUAAUAAAAAAAGAAGACUGACAUGACAUCUGCCAAAAACAAAAAUUCCCGCUAAUGCUAGUUUUGUUAUAUUUUUUAUCCAAAAAGUAAUAUUUGUAAUCGUAAUAAAUAUGUCUCAAUUAAGUGAACGUUCCGCCGAUGCAAGUUCAGAACGAAAUGAAGAAGACAUUUUUAACAUACUGAUAGCUACGGAUAUUCACUUGGGUUACGCCGAAGACGAUCCGGUCAGAGGACCCGAUACGUUUGAAACCCUAGAAGAAAUACUUCAAAUAGCAGCUACUGAACAAGUAGAUUUCGUUCUUCUAGGUGGAGAUCUAUUCCAUGAUGCACAACCUAGUCCUUAUUGUAUUUUCAAGUGUAUGGAGCUUUUCAAGAAAUACUGUUUGGGCGACAGACCUGUGACUAUAGAAUUUUUAUCCGAUCCUGCUCAAAAUUUUAGCCAAUCUGAAAACCCUACUGUAAACUAUGAAGAUCCUAAUUUAAACAUAGAGUUACCAGUGUUUUCAAUUCACGGAAAUCAUGACGAUCCUACAGGCCAAAAAUAUACAUCCUCCUUAGAUUUAUUGGCGACUUCUGGCCUUGUUAAUUAUUUCGGUAAAUGGUCCAAUUUUGAUCAUAUAGAAAUUUCACCAAUACUUUUAAAAAAAGGGAAUUCCAAAUUGGCUUUAUAUGGAUUAUCUCACAUUCGUGAUGAAAGGUUAGGUCGAUUAUUUUUAGAUGACAAAGUGAAGAUGUUAUCUCCAGGAAAUGCAGAUGAUUGGUUUCAUUUACUAGUGUGGCAUCAAAAUAGGGCUAGUAGAGGUUCAAAAAAUUUUAUUCCUGAUCACACUCUACCAGAAUUUUUGGAUUUAGUUAUUUGGGGACAUGAACAUGAUUGCAGAAUUGUGGCUGAAAGAAAACCAAAUGGGGUGCAUAUAAGUCAACCUGGCAGCUCCGUUGCAACAUCAUUGAUAGGAGGAGAAGCAGAACCUAAACAUGUUGGGAUACUAAAAAUUCAUAAAAAAGAUUUUAAAAUUGAACCUGUUGAAUUAAAAACUGUUAGACCCUUUGUAUAUAGAGAAAUUAUUUUAAAAGAUGAUACUCCAGAAGAUGAGGAUUAUGAUGAAGAUAGUACUGUUGUAUCUAGUGAAUACAGCAAGCAACUAGUAACUUCCAUAAUUGAAGAAAUGAUAAAGGAAGCUAAGGAAAUGGGCCAUACUCCUAAAGUCAGUGAAAAACCACUUAUAAGAUUAAUAGUGAGAUAUAAAAAUGAAAAACAAGUAUUUAAUACAAUUAGAUUUGGCCAAUCUUAUGUGGGCAAAGUAGCAAAUCCUGAAAAUAUGUUAAAAUUUAGCUGCUUGAAAGAACGAACCCACAAAAAAAAUGCCCAAGGUGUUCUAGAAGUAGAAUUUGAAGGUCCAGUUUUAGCAGAUAGAGUAGAAGAUUUAGUUUCCCAACACUUUACAGAAAAAGACUCUCUUUCAUUUUUUGCCCUUAACUCUCUAAAUGAAGCAGUAAAAAAAUACAUUGAUUCAAAUGAUGUCAAUGCUAUUAGUGAUGUUGCUGAUAAUUUUAUGAAAGAAGCUCUUAAACACUUGGAAAAGGAUUUACCAGAAGUUGAUCAAACUGAGCAGUGUAUUCUGAAUUUUAAAAAUGAUGUAGAAAAAGAUGCUGUUAAUUUUGUCAAUAAUAUUUUAAAUGAUCCUAAGAGACAAAAAGCUAGUAAACAAAGUAAUAAUGAUGAUGAUGAUGAUGUAGUAUCUGUGAUUAUAGAUGAUGAUGAUGAUAGUGAUGAUGAGCCUGCUGCUGGUGUUAAUGGCAGUAUGUUUGAAUUAUUUGGAAAAACGAAAAAACCAUCUCUUCGUGGUACAGGUGCUGGUGGUUCCAGAAGGACACCCAGAGCGCGAGGUCCUAGAAGGGCCGGUAGGGGAAGAGCUGGAAAAUAACUCAACAUUUUAUUAUUUACUAUAUUUUUUUUUGUUGAAUAUUGUUUAGUUUUCUUAGCUUUAAGAUUUGAAUUAAAAAUAUAUUUCUUCUACUUUAAGAAAAAAAUGUUUUUACUCCUAUUUGAAUAUAAGAGUAAUUUUUUUGGAUAUUAGUUGAAUGUAAAACUUGCUAUUAACAUUCCAUUAAUAAAAUAUUAAAACUU